AUGAAUAUAUUUAUAGAAAAAAUUAUUCUUUCUUUACUCAUCUUUCAAUUUCCGGUUAUAAGAGCAACUAGUUAUGGUGCAUUUUGUAAUAGUGAUAGUGAUUGUGAUAGACAUCAAAAAUGCUCAAGUAAACUUUGUCUUUGUAAUCCAGAUGAAAGACGUUUUUGGACAGGAACAACGUGUGCUAUAUGUGCGAGAGAAUAUACUGUAACAAGAGAUAGAUGUUAUAAAUAUUUUAAUGAAUUAAAAACAUGGGAAGCAUCUAGAGUUCAUUGUCGUGCUCAAUAUGCUGAUUUGUUUACUUGGCGUGAUAAUCAUGAUGAACAAUUUAUUCGACCUGUUAUAUUAAGUUGGAUAUCUACGCCUCUUUUUAUACACAUAUCGCCUAUGAUACUCAAAGCAAAACCAAAUCAACUAUAUCUUGCAUGGACUAGUGCUAAGAUAACUUCAUUAAAACCACAUAGUAUUCAAUGGAUGGAUCCUGAUGGAAUGAAAAUAGACUUGACGAGUACAGAAUGGUGUGAUCCAACAUAUCAUGCAGGUUAUUCAUUACAAAAAGAACCAGCAUCAGGAACUAGAGAAGGUCCGAAUGGUACUGAACGUGAAGAAUGUAUUACAUACAAUUUUCGUCCUAAAGGUACAAGUUUUCUCUGCUUAUCAGAUGACUACUGUAGUCAAAAAUAUCCAUUUAUAUGCGAAAUGAAUGCUGCUACUAUGAAAUUAGCUACUUCUACGCAUCAUGGUACUAAUAAUGGUGGCAUUUCAUUCGGAACAGAUGAAGAAGGUACUUCAUCUGGAACAGAGGGUGAUACGAUCGAUUUUGAAGAACCACAACCUCCUCCACCAGAAGACCCUGACUUUACUCCACAACAACUUGGUUUAGAAGCAACAACUCUUAAAGAAGAAACAGGUUUUCUAACAAUGACAAAUAUAAUUAUAAUUGCUGUUGUAGGAAUAAUUCUUAUUGUCGGAGUCAUUGCUGGAUAUGUAGUUAUAAAAAAUAAAAAAACAAGUAUACAUAAUCCUACUCGUGGAAAUGGAGGUGAAUCUCAAGGUAGACCAAGUUUUGCUAGUUCAAUUGGAAGCAUGGUGGAUGAAUAG